UACUAUUUAUAACGCUAUGCAUGCACUGUGCUUUAGCUAGCAUGAAGAUCUCCAGUCUUUUUUAAGAAGCUUCAAAUGAUAACCUUCAGAGAAUGGAGCCCUCAGACGUCACAGAUACAGAAAGACAGUGAUGGGCAAAUACAGCAAACAACUCUCUGGCCUUUAACAAGGUUCACUGGACUUCUCUGAAUGCGAUAAGCUGCUAUGAUUUGUGUCACAGCUAUAGUGGUUUUCAGUCUAGUUUGCUGUGGCCUUUUGUCAGACUUCCAGUUCUGGGUUAAAGCAGAUGUCCAAUGUUCACUUCUUAAGGAAAGUCCCCACAAAGGAGAAGUUGUCUUGCAAGAGACUAAAGAAUUUUUUAUGACUGAAAGUAACCAGACAUGGAUAAACAUCUUUUCUGGGGACACCCUGAUUCUUCACAUAAGUAGAGAUCUGCAUUACAUCAAAGAUGUUGCAUGGAAGAAGGAAAGAGCGGUAUUUGCAAAGUUUAAAGAUCAUACAAUAAUUGUCCCAUCUAAUAGCAAGGCACAGAUGUUUCAGAAUGGAAGUGUGAGACUUGAUAGGAUUUCAAGAAAAGACUCAGGAAAUUACAUUGUAGAAGUAUUCAAUGAGGAUGGAAGAAAUGUAUUGAAAGCCUCACUCUACUUAGUUGUAUUUGAAAGCAUACACUUUCUUAACGUCAGAAAUAAAUCGCAUCUAUAGAGUGGAAGAAGGGAGACGUGCUGCUCGGUCAGCGAAAUGUGACUCAUUAUGUAAGCUGUUACAACAGAAUGGAGAUUUUCCAGAAUGGCACUCUGUGGCUUAAAAUGACUGAAGAGGUGGAUGAGGGAAUGUACACUGUGAAUGUCCAUGAAGAGAAUGGAAAAAUUAUUUAUUGGGAGCGCAUGAAGGUAUUCGUGACAGGUUUUGUAUUCACAGUUCCUCAGCCCCAAGUGACAAAGUUUCAUGAGCAUGAUGACAUCUCUCAAGACCCUAAAGCAUUUUUUAUGACAGAAAAUAACCAGAUGCACAUGAGUGUCUUCAGUGGGGAUUCUGUGAUUCUCCACAUCAGCAGAGACUUAGGAAAAAUUAAUGAUAUCAUAUGGAAGAAAGAGAAACAAACACUGAUAAAGUUGAAAAAUCAGAUGGUAGCUGUGUCAACCAACAGUAAUGCAGAGAUGUUUCUAAAUGGAAGCUUAAGACUUGGAAAGAUGUCAGUGAAUGAUUCUGGAAUGUAUACAGUGGACGUGUUUGAUGAGAAUGGAAGAAAUGUGCUGAAAAACUCUGUUUUCUUAGUCGUAUUUGACAAUACUCAACUGGCAUUUUUGGGAGCUCCUGUAUUCCUCUAUCCUCAAAACAUAACUUUGGGAACGGCAUCUAUAGAGUGGAAGAAGGGAGACGUGCUACUUGGUCAGUGGAAUGUGACACACCACGUAAGCUGCUUUGAUAGAAUUGAAAUUUUCCAAAAUGGUACUUUGAAGAUCAAAAGGACUGAAGAGGUAGAUGAAGGAAUUUACAGGAUGGAUAUGUUUGACAAGGAUGGAAGUAAGAUUUGCUCAGAGCUCAUCAAGCUAAAUGUGACAGAUUCAAAUACCAUCCUCAGAAUUUCUUCCUCAGAUGUAAUCUAUGGAAUAUUCCGUCAUGUGGUUGCAGUCAUUCUUCUUCUUCUUAUCAUUCUGGGUCUUUUUUAUUGGAAAGGGAUUGGAACACUACUCCUUGAACUUCAGAAAAGGCUGAGUAAAAGUUCCCAUGAUGAAGAGAAGACACCACAAAAAUGGAAUCAGUUUGACUUAAAAAAAAUCAGACAACCAAAGCAAGGCAAAGCCCAAGUCAAAGUCCAGCAGGACUUCUAUACAUAAGUCAACCACCCACUGGAGAACAUUGCACCAUGUCAAUGAACCUCACAGAAGGACUGAAUUCAGAGGAAUGUACAGUAUACAUUUCAUAGUAUAAACUUAACAAAUUAUCGUUAAUCAUGAGUUUGAUGUCGUAUUUCAGUUUAGUAAAUGGUAUUGAACAAGUACACGCUUUCUAAUGAAAACCAUUACUGUGUGUCAGUUAUUUAAGGAUCAAGUAUCAUGCUGUGACAACAUUUAAAUCAGUCGAUUCUUUAAACUAAACAACCAGUUCAGGACCAAACCCUGGACAUCAGAGUCUGAGGCAAAGCCUCAGACGUUGCGCCAAGAUGGUUGGUUCUCAUACUAGACACGGUGUACUCUAUAACAUACCCAUUAUCUGCAUGGCAGAUAUUUGGUAGGUAACCACCCAAAUAAUCAGAUUGCAAUUCAGAUAUAUAUAUAUGUAUAUUGUUGGGAACAGCCCAGACACAGACAGGCAGACAUCGAUGUCCAGGCCUUCCAACAAUGCCUCUCUUCCUGACCGCCUCCACUCCUCUCCUCCAGGCUUCAUCCUCUUCCACCCGACUCCAGCUGACGAAUGGAGGGAUGU